AUGACAUCCGAAGAGGUCCUGCAUGUGAAUACCCCCAUCCGGGACAGCAUGUCCAUGUCCAAGAUGGCGGGUACCACUGUCUACCUCAAGAUGGACAGUGCCCAACCUUCUGGGUCCUUCAAGAUCCGUGGCAUCGGGCAUCUCUGCAAGAUGUGGGCUGAGAAAGGCUGUGAGCAUUUCGUCUGCUCCUCAGCGGGCAAUGCGGGCAUGGCAGCCGCCUACGCUGCCAGGAAGCUGGGCAUCCCUGCUACGAUUGUCGUGCCCAGCACCACACCUGAUGUCACCAUCGAGCGGCUCAAAAAUGAGGGUGCCAUGGUCAAGGUGGUGGGCGAGACGUUGGAUGAGGCAUUUGAACUGGCCAAGACCCUGGCGAAGAACAGCCCAGGCUGGGUCUACAUCCCUCCGUUUGAUGACCCCCUUAUCUGGGAAGGCCACACUUCCAUUGUGAAAGAGCUGAAGGAGACACUGAGUGCCAAGCCAGGGGCCAUCAUCUUAUCAGUGGGCGGUGGGGGCCUCUUGUGUGGAGUGGUCCAGGGGCUGCAGGAGGUGGGCUGGAAGGAUGUGCCUGUUAUUGCCAUGGAGACCAUUGGUGCCCACAGCUUCCACGCUGCCACGUCUGCCGGCAAGCUGGUCUCGCUGCCCAAGAUUACCAGUGUUGCCAAGGCUCUGGGAGUGAAGACCGUGGCCCCUCAGGCCCUAAAGCUGUUUAAGGAGCACCCCAUCUUCUCUGAAGUUGUAUCAGACCAGGAGGCUGUGGCUGCCCUUGAGAAGUUUGUGGAUGAUGAGAAGAUCCUGGUGGAGCCCGCCUGUGGGGCAGCCCUGGCCGCAGUCUACAGCCAAGUGGUGCAGAAACUGCAGGGGGAGGGGAAGCUGCGUACCCCCCUGGCCUCUGUCGUGAUCAUUGUCUGUGGGGGCAGUAACAUCAGCCUGGCUCAGCUGCAGGCCCUCAAGGAACAACUGGGCAUGAAGAACGGGUUGUCCAAGUGA